CGGUGAGCGAUGGGCUGGGGUCGGGCGCUUCUGUGCGCGGCGGCGGCGGGAGCGGCGGGAGCGGCGGGAGCGGCGCGGGGCGCGGGGCGCAGCAUGUGCGCCCAGGCGCAGGACUGGCGCUCGGCCAGGGCCAUUUAUGAUUUCCACGCCCGAGACAUCGAUGGCAACGACGUCUCCUUGGAGAAAUACCGAGGCUACGUCUGCAUCAUCACCAACGUGGCUUCAAAAUGAGGCAAAACUGCUGUAAACUACACUCAGCUUGUUGACAUGCACGCCCGAUACGCUGAGAGGGGUUUACGCAUCCUGGGCUUUCCCUGCAACCAGUUUGGAAAACAGGAGCCCGGGGAUGAUGCUCAGAUCAAGGCAUUUGCUGCAAACUACGGUGUGAAGUUUGACAUGUACAGUAAGAUCGAUGUCAAUGGGGACGAUGCCCACCCGCUCUGGAAGUGGCUGAAGGACCAGCCCAAAGGAAGAGGCACCCUGGGCAACGCAAUAAAAUGGAACUUCACUAAGUUCCUCAUCAACCGGGAGGGCCAAGUGGUGAAGAGGUACAGCCCGAUGGAGGAUCCCUACGUGAUUGAGAAGGACCUUCCUCCCUUCCUGUAGAGCUGCUCCCCUCCUCCUCAGCCCAGCACCGACCCUCCUGCUGCCUCUGGAGCCCCCCCAGCCCCCAUGAUGGUCUCCCUUCAAGCCAGCCCACUGGUGAGGCAGACCUGAAGUUCUGGCGUGCACCUGCUGGAAGAAGCUCCACGGGGCCAGCAGCUGCUGCUGGGCAGCCCCUUCCUGGGGCAUGAGGCAGGAUCUGGUGUCCCCUUGCACUAAUAAAGGUGUUAGAAUGGC